AUGGAUGCUGAAUUAAAUGUAACAUAUAUCUUUUUUGGUGGUCAUGUGGCAGUGCACACAUACCGAUAUCUUUAUUUUGUAAUCUUUUUAUUUGCAUAUAUUCUAAUAAUCUGCAGUAAUUCCUCCAUCGUGUGUCUUAUCUGCAUUAGCAAAACCCUCCAUGAGCCAAUGUACAUUUUUAUUGCAGCUUUGUUGAUCAACUCAGUUCUUUACAGCACUGUUAUUUACCCAAAACUUUUGACUGACUUUUUAUCAGAAAAACAGUUCAUUCCAUAUUCAGCCUGUCUCUUUCAGGGUUUUGUUUUUUACAUUCUGGUAUAUUCAGAGUUUUUUCUGUUGGCAGUCAUGUCUUAUGACAGAUAUGUGUCUAUAUGUAAACCUCUACAAUAUCCAAAUAUCAUGACAAAAUCAACUGUCAGUGUCUUUCUGUUUUUAUCUUGGUUUGUGCCGGCUUGUGAGACUGCAGUGGCAGUUGGACUGAUUAAUAAUAGCAAACUCUGUAGCUUUAUUUUGAAAGGAAUCUUUUGUAACAAUUCCAUGUUUAAACUUUACUGUGUAAGCUCAAAGGCUUUAUCUAUAUACGGUGUUUUCAUGUUGCUGCAACUUGCACUUCUUCCUAUACUCUUUAUACUUUUCACAUACACUAGGAUACUUUUAAUAACCUAUAGAAGUAGUAUAGAAGUCAGGAGAAAAGCUGCACAGACCUGUUUGCCUCACAUCAUGGUUUUAUUCAGCUUCUCUUGUUUUGUUACUUAUGAUGUUGUUAUAGUUCGACUGGAAUCUGAUAUUCCAAAAACUGCACGUUUUAUAAUGACUUUACAAGUUGUACUGUAUCAUCCUCUCUUCAAUCCAAUAAUGUAUGGCCUAAAAUUGACAGAAAUCUCAAAAAACCUGAAGAGGCUGUUCUGUCAGUUCAGUGUACAGUAAUUGUUUUUAUUACUGACUUAUUGGAUAGUCUGAAGUCCAGGGCUAGACUUUGAUAAUAUUUAGGCCAGGACAACAAAUCUCCACACAUUCAUACAUAGAACUGUGUGUAAUUAUUUUAUUGAUAUAUUGUUUUCUGUUCAUACCAUCUUCUAGUUUUACCACUACAUAUGGAAUCUGCUUCAGAAAAUCUCCAACAUAGCCCUUUAUAUAAGCAUAUAUAUUUAACAUUCUUUUCACUUUUGGAGUGUACGGUUUUGGUGUUCUGGUGUUUUUUCCUGUAUUCUCUCCCUGCAGAAACAUCUACCGC